GUGGAAGACAAGCGGAGCACAAUCAAGAUUAGAACUCCAACUGUCGAAUUUGUAAAGAAGAGUUACAUCAAUUGGAUUAAUUUGCCGUUCUUUUGGCUAAUUUUAAAAUAGCUUUUGUAGUGUCAUUUGCAUAACUUUAGGCGUUACAUGAUUAAAAUGUUAAUUCGGUUUAACAUCGAAAUUAUUAUUUGUUUCAUAUAUUCCAUACUGCACGAUUCUUCUCCAAAAUCAGCCCACUUUAAACAAUUCAUCCCAAAUCAAAUCAAUCAUCACUUACGAAGCAAAUCAAAUGUUGUAGUACAUCGAUUUAUCAAAAAGCUGAUGAGAAGUAACAAAACAGACCAUGAACCGUUUGUCUAUUUUUCAAUUUGAUCCUCCUACAAAAGCCUAAGGCUCACAAGUCAGGAUGAUAUCCCCACGCUUCGGUGUUUUUGCCGAAACUUUUGCUUACAAAAAUUUUCCCCCCGUGUCCCGUCCGUUUCCCUUUCGGAGCCAAAUUGGAGUUUUAUCAGCCUGUUGAUGACAUUUAUCAGCAAAUUUUCACACAGUUCACUAAUUUCACUCUCAACAACAAUAACAGCAAACGGCACCCGUGUUGGCCGGUACACGUAUAAAGUUAUUCCUACACGCAUACCCCAAAGGAAAACUCGAGAGAAAAACAUCCGUGAAAAAGUUCCCUUUUUCAGUGAUCCCAUCCUCUGCCUGCUGUAGCCGAUAGGUCCAUUGGGAAUAAUAGAAGCUUCACCGGGAUGACUGUACAGUGGGAAAUUGGUGACGCUCAUACCUUCGGUUUUUGCCGUGGCCGAUUGUCAAUGUCCCCAGACUGGUUGGGAAGGAAAAUGCAAACAUAUUUCCUCACCUCUCCUGAUCACACAGAGUACGCCUUUCCGAAAUGCUCAUAAACACAUCCUUUUUCCUCGUUUCGCUUAUCCACCGCCACGUGCUUGUCCACCUAAAUACCAAUACGGGAGAUGAAAAGCACGGGAUGAAAAACCAAAUCAAGCGCACCAAAUUGGUACCCUUUUCAAAAUGGUAAAACUUUUCUAAUUCUCUCGAACCAAUUUCUCGAAUUCGACACGGGCACACCACCGUUUGCCUGCAACGGAUCGGUUUGAGCGGGUGGGGGCCGUUGGUUGACUUUCAGCCUUUCGUAUGUCUGGUCUGGUCUUCAGGAAGAUCCAUCCUAUUGAGUGCCUUGUAUCGCGCGCACAAGAUACCUUUUUCUUUUUUCUCCUCCUUCCCGGCUUUGGCCAACGAUCAGACCCAGCGCUCUGCUGAACUGGUGAAGCGUAAACGGAAAAGGAUCUGUUAAGGGUUUAUUGUAGUAGCGCUAGAUAUACCAAUGGGAUGCGAUAUUGCCACGAAUGUCAUAACGACGAACAUCUUGCCUUUUGCUAAUAAACUGAUAAAUGCCAUUGAAAUUCGAAUUGAGCUUUGGUAUGGGAUGCGAAUUUCUUGGAUCUUAUUAUCCUUUUUUUCUCUAUAUUGUGUGUGUGUGUGUGUUUAUGCGUGCGUCUUUCCGGUCUGAUCUGCUGUGACACCUUCGCCCUUCUAGGUCGCUUCAUCCAGACUAUCAGGUUCGUUAAUACACUUUAAAAAUCGUUUUCAUUCUUCAUGGAAGUGAUAAUAUUAUUAUAUAUCUAUUUUCUGGAGGUAUUGCAUACUCACAUGAUCAGGUUCUAACUAUUGCAAAUGCAAUAAAAAAAAAUCAAACGCUGCUCAACUGGUAACAAAAAUGUGCUCCACAAACUUUUACUAUCUCACAUCACUUGUCAUACAGCAGCGAAACGGAUUUAUCAACUUCAUUACUGAAGCUUUUACGAAUCACAGGACACAAGGGUGCGAAAGAAGGAUGGCAAAAAAAAGUAUUGACUUCGUUUCCGUUUCCCUUGGCGCGACACGUCAAACGGUUUCCUUCGACGAACUUCCUGCGGUUCGUACCGGAAAUAAGUACAAGCGCUCCAGGACUGGUAGUGCAUGACCUUUGUCGAAGCGAAAUCAACAUAAACCUUUCAAAGGCGGAACCAGAACCGAUUUACCUUCUACCCUGCCCUGCCUGCCCUGGGAACCCGCCGUAAAGGGAUCAAGAUUGCGUGUUGACGUACGUCAAAGGGGGGUCCUACAUAGCGUGUAUUUCACGCUGCGGGCUUCCAAUGGUGACAGGAGCAAUAGUAGUGCGCACGACAUAAACAUACCGUCGAAGGAGUCGACACAACAGCAACGAAAAAAAAAACUAACACCGGCACGCAGGUUGACGAUUGAUGCGUCCUUAGUAAGCCUUGUGAUAUUUCGUUUCUUUUCGCCUUUCUUAUGCUGUCAACGCCUACUAGUAGAUGCCGGUGCACCAUCUCCACUAGGAACGAAAAUUCUAUUCCCAUUUUCCCGAUUCACUGUUCCGUUUGCCUAUUUAUCAUUUUAUGAUUGAAUAUAUUCAAUAAAUUGCUUCGCACGUAAAAAAAGGACAACUCCCUGAGAAAUGUGUGCUACCGAGAGUGAACUGAUGCAUGGCUCACUAUUCCCGGAAUGCCUUUUUUAUUGAACUAACGAGGAAGGAGGCCUUCAUUACUCCUGGACCUGGACGUAGCAGCUCAAACAUGCCAUCAUUGGUAUGAAAAUAAUUUCUAACCUAUACUAGACAAACGCGUAUAACUCGUGGUCUUAGGGGUGACCAUUACAUUCUGCCCUAGAAUCAAAGCUCUUUUCCUAUCUCGAUAGUGACGUAAAUGUAUCCAACAGUUUCCUAUCAGCCAGCGAUAAAAAUGACUCCGGAAUCCGGACUAGAAGAAAGGGAGAAUGAGAAAAAAAGGCUAACUUUGUCCAGCAUAAAUUUAUCCCGACCACGCGUCAAGUUCCCGGUGCUACUACGAUUGGACUGACACUGAUUUUAUGGGACGAUAAAAAGCCUGACCAUCUCAACCGUACUGACUUCACCUCAUCUUGAUAAGAGUUGAAACCAGCGCUAAUGCGCCGAGCAAAUGGGUUCUUCAAAUUAUCUCUCGAAAUGUCACGGCCACGGCACCUCGGCAGCCGGUAAUAUCCGGCGAUGUCGAUAAAGUUGGGAAAUAGUUUCCGACGGGUGGUCAAUAUUCUACCGGUUUUUUUUGUCUCAUUUCGAUUGACACUAUCUGAUGAAUCCUGACGUAACGGUCAUAAAUGGAGAGAAAAUAGUUUCCUAAUGCUUCGAUUGGUAGAUGCUGUUUGAAUCGUUUUAGGAGAGGGAAUGUUUUAAUUAAACAUUCAUUCGGUACAGUGUUAUGGCUGCUUUUUUCCGGGAAAGGAAGACUGGCACGUGAUAUUUUAGUCCACGCUAAUUAAAAAUAUUCCAAGAACUUUUCAAUAUUUCUUUCGUUCAAUGUCUAGCUCUUCAUUUCUUAGUAUUAGUAUCAACAGAUGAAUGAAAUCCGUACGGAUCAAAUCUUGUUGGAAUUUUCCAAUGAAUGUUCCACGUGCGAUGACACCACUACCAAACACAUACACACAGCCACACAAUGCAACACGAAACUGUCAAAAGUUUUGCCGCGAACUGUCAACGCAGUUAUUGCAAGCAUUAGUUUUCGGUGCACGCAACUUUUUUCUUGUGCAAGGCGACUAGCAGUGAAGUUACUGUAUUUCCAUACAAAUUGUUGUUUGUUUGAAGUAAAAUACUGUCUGCAAAAAGGUAUUUGUUGAAGAGUCUGGAAUUUGUGCAUGGAUGUAUAUUAAUUGUGUUCUUGUGUCCAAAUCCGUAAUCGUAGAUUGUGUUGCGUGCUGCUCAAAUAGGGGCGGGAGAAAAACUGAAAUGGAAACGACGGAACAAUCGACACAAACAUAUCCAUUCUUCGACGAUCCUACCGAGUUGGACGUGGUACCGCCCAAUUGUUUUAAUUUCAUCGCGUAUCUACUCGGCGAAUCCAACAUUUUGCUGAUCACCCAACACAAAGUGGUCGUUGGACGUUUAAGACCUACAUCAGCUGUAGAUUUCCCGGUCUCCACGAAGAAGCAGAUCUCUCGUCAACAUUUCACUAUCGAGUACUGCAAUGAUGAGUUUUUGUUGGGUUGUUUGAGCAAGAAUGGCAUUUUUAUCAACGACAGAUUUUUAAGAAAGAGUGCCAUUUCGUACUACUUACCAAAAUCGUGCUACAUUCGCUUUCCCGCCACCAACGUUAAGGUGUAUUUUAACAGUCUCAUCGGAACGAAACCGCACAUCGGUGCGGUGGUGCAUCGUGACAUGCUGAAGGCUUUUGCAGUUCACUUGAUGAAAAACAUACCUGAAGCCGUUUUAGGUUUGUUAAAGAUUAACGUCCAGAACACGCUGAAUAUCAUGCAGUGUCAUACAGUCACUACCGAUACACUAGCAAUGAACAUGCAGCCGGAAUCGGUACCAAUGCCCGAUUUGCCCACCGAACGGGAUGGCGUAAAACUGGAAGAAGCAAAUGAAUCGACAGUUGACGAUGGUGUACAACAAACGGUUUCCGAGAUCCCGUUCCGCCACGAUAGAAAACCACCAUACAGCUACUCAAGACUUAUCGUUCAAGCCAUUCUCGCGUCACCGCUGCAACAGUUGACGCUUUCGGAAAUUUACACCUUCCUAAAGGAUAAGUAUCCUUUCUUCCGGAACCAUUCACGGAACGGUUGGAAGAACUCGAUUCGGCACAAUUUGAGCUUGAAUCGAUUCUUCGUUAAGGUGCCGCGUCCAUUUGCUACAGCCGGUAAAGGAAGUUACUGGCGGAUUGAUGCAACUAUUUACAGCAAAACGAUGGAAAAUCGUUGCCAAGGGUGGAAAAAACGUCAGUCGUUGAAUCGUGAUAUUUACUGCACGGCAUCAGCCAUACCGCUUCCUCCUCCUAAUACUACGGAGUCAGCUCAACCGAUAGAUGCACAACAUCCGUCUACAUCCGUACCAGAUUCACCGAACAACACAAAACCAUGUUUGGAUGGUUCGAGUUAAACGGAAUAUUGUACAAUACAACGUCAGUUGAAAUUGUUUGUUUAUAUAGAUAAGUUCGGGUCACUACCGUUUGUAAAUCCGUUCAUGCAAAUGAUUGGUAAAUGAAUGAUAAGUUUGCGCGCUUUCAUUCCAUUCAACCCUAUUGUACAAAAGCACUUAAAAAUUAAAUAAUAAAAUGUGCCGUUUUCCGGUAAAUGUUUCGGUUCGUUCUCCGUUCAAACAAAAUGCAAACUUUUAAAAAUAUUUUCCAUUAUUAUUCCACCCGCAAACCCGAUAUAUUCGCAUUGCAUUUCUUACGAAAAAAUAUGUUCCAUUCACUUUAAUUGAAUUCCACCGAACGCCAAAGCACCAGCCAACAUGCUGCUUAACAGAUUAAAACCGAUUGUGCACGGUUCACUUUCAUUCGCAUGUUCGAGCGAAUAUAAGCGGGCCCCCAAAACGCAACACGGAACCUUAUUCUACCGACCGUUAAGCAAAACAAAUUCAAACGCAAACAAUUUCCCAUUUUCCCACAUCCUUCGGUUACGCUGCUGCUGCGAAUUCGAUUCGCAAUUACACCCGGAUUCCAUAUUGGAAGUUACGCUGUGUAAACUUCGACCGUACGUAAACCUAUGCCCGGGUGAUGAUGUGGGGGCGUGUGAAGAGUGGGAGCAAGAUGCACACCGUGCUAGCUUUCAAUUUUCACCAUAAAUCCUCCCAUCCAAAAACGCACCGAAAGAGCUUACACAAGAUCAGCAUAAUUUAACGAACGGCCCCUUUUCCCGGGAAAAGCGAUCUUCAGAGAUCGAGUUGCUGGUGAUGCUACCCGCUCGGGGAUGGGCAAAGAUUGUGUUUACACAAGUUUUGUUCUUGAAUCAUCAUCUUCGCUUUUCUUGCACCGGAUGGAAGGAAGCGGACUAAGGACUGUGGUGUAAAUGUGUGUGCAGUGUACGCAAGACACAUUUGCCAAUGCUAACAUACAAUGGACAACAAUAACAAUGGCGGCCCAUCCGCGUUACCAACGGGAUAUACCGGGAAAGUGCCAAUCAAUAAGCACAUCAUCGGGAGGCGGACUGGCGAAAGGAUCUUCAAGUUUGAAAGGUUUCUACCAUAAUCAUCUUCCAACAUAAACUUGUUGGUAUUUCUUUUUUUUCCUGUGUUGUUUCGCUAUCUCUCCUACGCUUUGCAUCUUAUACAUUUGAUAACAUAACAAAGUUUCCCACCCCGUACGGGUGGAAGUGUUUCAGUAUCCAUAACCGAUCCGUUUUUGCGGAGGUUGGAAGAACCAUUUUGCUUCUUACUUGCCUUGUUUAGAUAUCUUAUCGCAGCACCACUUUCACAGCCGGCACGGAAACAGAUUAUUUAUUUACUUUUCAUUGCGUAAGGCUUCCAAACACUUAGUCUCCCGUUGCCGUUCCCGGCAAGCGAUCCCGAUCAAGUGGGGAGGGCUGAUAUGUUUCGAGCAAACUGAUUCAUUGGCGCAGUGCGUCGGUGCGUUUGUUUGCGUUAGCGUGUGUUACCGCAUCGGACGCCAGAGUUCUGGGCGUGCAUACCGUGCACAACACCUUCCCAGGAAUGGGCGCAACAACAACUUGUCAACAACAGCAGCACGCAAUUGUUACGCUUUUUUGCGAAAUAUCACCAAGAAUCUCCAAGAACCGUGUGAUGGCAAGUGUCUGCUGGUGGCUGGGGGACACUGAAGCAAUAGCAAUUUUCUCGCCAUCACCGAAGAUGUACUUUACGGGUUGUGUUCCGGGAUGCGUCGUCCUGCUCAAUCCUGCCGGGGCAGGAUUUACUGAACAACCUUAACCUGAAUUGACCAAAGCCGUCACACAUGUACGAGACUAGACGGAGGAUUGUUUUUUUUCGUUCUUUCUUUUUUUUACUGCUUUCAUAUGUCCAAUGCGAAGAAUCGGAUUGGAUCUUGAUUGAAAAUGUUCUCAAUUUUCCGGCUUCCCUGUUGCUCCGUUUGGGUCCCCACUCCCACCCGCUUUGCUCGUUUGUUGCCAUCUAUUUAUUCGCUCGACUAUGAUUAGAUCUUCUUUUAUUGGUUUUAUCUCUGUAUGGGAAAAUGAAAGCUUGCUUCCAGUGGAGGCAACUUUCGAACAGAUAAGAUGGAUUUAAAAGACUCACAAACGCAUCAUGAGGAAUAACACAAAAAAGGACUACAAAUGGAAGCAGUAAGCAAUGAAGCGGAGUCUAUUUCCGGAAGGCCUACCUUUUACCUUCAACAUGUUACGAAAAACCCCAUGGUCCGAUAUGUCCUCCCCGGGGUGAUGGGUUGCUCAAAUGCAAAACUAAUACAACAAAAAGUGGAGAAAAAUAUGGCCAACCUGGCAGGAGCCAAUAUAUCUUCGAACCAUUUAGUCAAUUGCGAUUAAAGCCAUUAACAGGCGGCAAUUGCAUUGCUGUUGCGUAAACGGUAACAUUUCUUACGGUUCAGCUAAUGUUAGCUCCAGCAUGAAACUGGAAGGACAUAAAAAGGCUUACACAAAGCUCCACAAAGCGUUGUUGCGAACGUUAAAUUUAAACAGCAAUUCGAACCGGUCUCUGUGCCCUCCUAUCUUAAUCAAACAGUAACUCUGCGAAAAUUGCCAUCUUGUGUCGUUUAUUAAUCUUCUGCUUGUAAAUGGACGACAGCACGGGAUGUAAUGGAACGAAUGAAUGCCAAACAUACCACCAAGGCUCCUCACCCGAUGGAAAUGCGUUCGUUUGUUUGGUGGUUCUUUACUUUUCUUUCUUCUGUCUUACAAAUCCAAUCGGAGAACAACGCAAUGAAGAGUGAAAAGGGUGUCCAGUGCCUGGCAGUAAGUAACACUCGGGCCGCCAUUGCCAGAUGGAAUCAAGCUGAACGAAAAUGGUGAAAUUGCACACACACAUUGUCCUGUGAGUGGAUUAUGGGCACAUUCCUAGUGUUCCUGCUUAUUGCUCCGGCGGAAAAGAUCCCCCCGUUUCGAUAGUGCCCGAUGACGGCGGGUGUUUCCCAACAGCGCAUCAGCCAUCUUCUUCCGAUAACGAUCACGCAUGUGAAUCCUUGGGUAGGAGAUGGAACAACAUUUUAUUUCCACCAUGCCUUUCGUUCCAUCUGCCCAUAUCGGCUACUGGCGAUCUUUAUGGAUAGUUUGAGCAAACUAACUGCUUCUUCCCUGGCCGAUAAAUAGCCGGUACUACCAGAGAAACAACGGAUGCUCCUGCACAUUCGUCCGGUAGGAAAUUCGCCUUUUGCAUCUUGCUUGGAAAAGUUUCUUAUUGCAAAUAUUCCACCACAUGGAGCUAAACAAACUAGAAAGAACGAAGAUCAAAUAAGCACCACGAUAAGCUUUUACCCGACGUUCGGUUGGGGACAUAAUUUUUACAAUCUUUUUUUUUAAACUUUACUCAAUAUCGUAUCGAAGACAACAACCUGCAGAUACGGGAUCCUAUAUACAUGUAUUAAUUCCUGCGAUAAAGUAAACGAAACACUUACGCGAUCUCAACGUAACGAAAUGGGAAAAGGAAAAACUUCUUCAAGUAAAGGAAAAAAAAUCGUUCCAUUGUGGUAAUAACGAUCCACCUUAAAAGCAACUGAUGGAACCACUUUGAUACAACACUCCGGAGCCCAACCCCAAGGAGACAAACAAGUAAUUUUCACAAGCUUCGGCUAUCAGCGAUGUUAACCGAGCGUGAAAGUAAAUACGGCAAAGGAGAGAGAGAGAGAAAUCAAGAAAGAAAAUUUAAGAAAAAAAUGUGUACACACUUACAACAGAAUUAAAUUUAAAGUAACAGGGAAACGAAGAAAAACAAAAGCAAAUGGAAUAAAAACAGCGGUACUAAAAAGAGGAGGUGAGAGAGAAAAAACGAACCGGGUGAACUAUUCUUGUAAUAAAAUGUAAAUAAGGAAAUGAACCAAAAUUGAGUUCCGAGUGUUGAGAAAAGCGGAAAACAAAAGCAAGGAAACAAAACCAAAACAAAGAGAAAAAGGAAGAAAAAAAAAACGAACAAUAUCAUACCUUCUUGCAAAACGUACUACAGGGCACGGUGGACUUAGGGAGAUGUUCCCAGAAGGAAGAAUUACAGUAUCGUGAAGCAACAGUUUACUUGUGCAAAAUGCAAAUUGCUUCCAAGAUGCACAACUCUUGAUAACUUGGGUAGUAAGGUGGUUGGGGUUUUUGGGAAAGGUUACCUUGAAGUAACCUACUAGGAAAAACGGCAUUCCUUUUUUUGUUAUUGUUAUCAGUUUUUGUUCCUUGUUUUGUUUUAAUGACAAUGGGAAAAGGGACUUACUGGACGAAUUUGUUGUAGCUGUAGUUUGUGAAAAUAAGAUGGGUGACUGAGAAAGUUUCAAUACUGAGCUGUUAACUUUGUGGCUUGUAAAAUUACUAAAAAAGUAUCAAACAAUUGUGCUGUAAAACAUUGAUACGAAGAUUCGGUUGUCUAAUAUUGGAAAUAUCGUUUCAUAUUAUUCGUAGCUGUUAUAUUAAGCAACUGUCGUUGCCGUAGACUCUCUUUUUCUAUAGUUUACUAAUGACAUAAAUAAUCAAAAGAGAACCUUGUUCCACUGGAUAAACUCUCUUUCGCUACGUAGAUUUGAACCCACACCGUCUUGCAUGUUACACUGUCCGUUAUCGUGUCGGCUAUAUGACCGGAACAUUUUAAUAUUGUUGACAGAGGUAAAAAAUGACAGAAUAGAAAUUCAUUCUUCCCAACCAAAUAUUUACCACAAACGUUUUUCGCAUUAUUGCUUCAUAUUAGAUCAGAUGGAAAAGUCUUCUAGGGUAUUUUAUGAUAUUUUUUGUAUAAAAGUAUUGUCUUAAGCUCUAUUGUGGAUAAAUCUUCACAAAAGGAAGUUUGUUCAGAAGCAAAGAUUGGAAUGCAGUUUUGUAUGAUAGUUACAUCCUCAGUCCCACAAUCUUCCACAACCACAUCAUGAGCUCUUCCUUAAAUCUUUUUAAAACUACCUCUUUAAUAUCCCAAUCAUAAUCCAAAGGAGUUAUGUGAACAGAAAGCUGUCAGUUCGUAGCAUCCACUUCAAAGUCUGAGAUGGAGAGCCUUUUCCAUCUUUCGCUUGAUAAUACUUAUUGAAUAUUGCUACUUUUAUCGAUAGCAGCAUAACACCGUUGCAUACGAUUCCACACGAACUAUAAUUUAUGUUUCUUCCUGCAGCAAUUCUAAUGAAUAGCUUCUGCUCCUUUCAAGUUCUUCGAGCAUACUAUCCACUCUGUUCGAUGGCGGAGAAAAAAAAAUCCAGUUUAAUCCCUCGAACCAUCAUUACAGUUCAAACGCAUUAGCAGCAAAAACAAAAUGCAUUCCUGCUCGAAAUCAAUAUGAUGCCCUACGGUUGGUAACUAGCAUAAAUCUAUCCACGACGCCCCUUGCCGCAUUGGCGCAUAACCCGUCGUCGGAGAAUACAGAAAAAAAGUAAUUGAAUUCAUCUUGAUCGACAUGAAGAAUGAUUGUCAAGUUCGCUUUAUGAAUUUCCAUCCACCUUUACGUUCGUUCGUGCGUUUCUGCCAUACGCGAGGGUUGGACGCAUUUUCUGCGUCCUCUUUUCUACUAUCAUCCCACUGGACGUAGACUUUGCGGGAUGAAAAUGGAUGGACGGACGGUAUCCCGUCAUCAUCUUGAGAGCCAGUUCGCCCGCAUAGAAAUUCAGUGGCUCAGGAAAGGGGAUUUACCUUCCGGCACAACCCUACACUUGUAAUCAGAUCGUAUGAUAGACAGCAUCGUGUCUGCUCUGCCUACAGGUGCUUACCGUUUUCCCUCUGCACACACACACACAAAGCCAAGGGGGGUUUAGGCAGAACCGGAUCACGACGUUUCUCCCUUGCAUUGGACGACGCGGGAAAACUCGACAAGGGAACACGCAUUCACCUGGCCCAUUGUAUGACGCAUCACUCCUGCCUUCCCCCAUCAUUUCAUAUCUUGCUCUCGAUCGAAACUCUUUCACAACCGCUUUUGAUUGACGUUUCUCGAAUGGGAGGAGACAUCUUUGCACGCAUUGAACGCGUUUCCGAUGCUUGGGUUGGAAGGGAAGGAAACAGGAUUUUCCCUCCAUUCGAUUAGGCAUCAUCGCGGUGCUCUAAAUCGUGGCCAUUGAUUACAGGUUUGUCGUGUUGCGAUUGUAGCAAAAUAGUAAGCAAAUCUAAACAGUUUGAUAAUAAUUUAAAAUGUUUAUUAGUGAUCUUUAAAAAAACAUUGAAAUAUUUUAUAUUACGUAGCCUUCUACUAAAUAAAGUGGAA